AUGAUCAUGGAUGUGCAGCUCGCCAUCUUCGCCAACCUGCUUGUCGUUCUCUAUCACUACAUGGCCAUGAACAGUCCCAAGAAGUAG